GGAGGACGAGGACGAGGACCAGCAGAAGGUCCCGCGAGGCAGGCGGCCAGCACCGCGAUGGAUUUGGUGCCGCGCGGCUGCUUGUCCCCGUGCGACCACACUUUCAAUUUCUGGAACGACUACCUGGGCUUGUCCACCCUGGUGGCCCCCGCGAACCGGCCCCGGAGCCCCGUGGCGUGCGGCGGCCCCGACUCCAUAAGCGAGUCCCUGAGAGCCAGGUUGAACUCGGACGAGUCGCCCGACGAGCUCGGCGAGCGCAUCUCGCUGCUGCGCCGGCGGCCGCUGGCCCGCCUCGGACCGGCCAGGGACGGGGGCGACGCGCUCGGCUCCCCGGUCGUGUGUCCGGAUGCCCCGGAGGCCCCGGAGGCGCGCGGACGCUGCAAGCGGGCUCCGCGCGGCAAGCCCGAGGCCAGGCUGUGCGUGUUUUGCCGGAAUAACGGCGCCCCGGAGGAGGUGUACGCCAGCCACAUCCUCAAGACGGCGGACGGCCGCGUGCUGUGCCCGGUCCUGCGGGCGUACACUUGCCCGCUGUGCAGCGCCAACGGGGACAACGCCCACACCGUCAAGUACUGCCCGCUGUUCGCCUGCAGGGCGCCGCCCGGCGGGGGCCACGACGGCCUGCUGCUGGCCGGAGGAGGCAGGACGCCCGGCGGGAGGCUCCAGCUCUUCUCCUGA